CAAACGCGAAAGAUUUGCUUGUGCUGCAAAGUUGCGCAGGGGAAGGGGAGAGACAAGCAGGACGGUGGCUGAAUCAUGUUCAUUGGCCUCGUCUUAUAUUGUAUGGGCUGACUAGAAUCGCCUUUUCGAGGCAUGCAUAUGUAAUAAACUAUUUUAGGUUUGUCAGUCAUUCGCAGUUUUGAAGAUACUUUCGAAGCAUAUUCUUUGCCUUGUUUGCACGAAGUUACCAUCGAAGUUAGCUGGUUAGCCUGCACAGCCGAUCCAGGAAAAGGAGAAGUUACUACUCGUCAGUGGUUUUCUCUGCAGGAAUGUCGCAGCCAGAGAGUCCCUUCUAUCGAACGGAGCUUAACAAGACUGUCUGGGUGGUUCCUGUACGAUACCAGAAAUUGACCCCUGUUGGUUCUGGUGCAUAUGGAUCAGUAUGUUCUGCGUUUGAUGAGCACACUGGCCUGAGUGUUGCCGUGAAGAAACUCUCUCGGCCAUUUCAGUCCAUCAUCCACGCCAAACGCACCUACAGGGAGAUGCGGCUUCUCAAACACAUGAAACAUGAAAACGUGAUCGGUUUGCUGGAUGUCUUCACCCCUGACACCAAUGUGGAUGACUUCAAUGACCUAUACCUGGUGACCCACCUCAUGGGCGCAGACCUGAACAACAUUGUGAAGUGCCAGAAGCUGACGGACGACCACGUGCAGUUCCUCAUCUACCAGAUCCUCCGUGGCCUCAAGUACAUCCACUCGGCAGACAUCAUACACAGGGAUCUGAAGCCCAGUAAUCUGGCUGUGAAUGAGGACUGUGAGCUGAAGAUCCUGGACUUUGGUCUGGCCCGGCAUACAGAUGAUGAGAUGACUGGCUAUGUGGCGACGCGGUGGUACCGAGCCCCUGAGAUCAUGCUCAACUGGAUGCACUACAACAUGACCGUGGACAUUUGGUCGGUUGGAUGCAUCAUGGCUGAGCUGCUGACUGGGAGGACCUUAUUCCCCGGGACUGACCACAUAAACCAGCUUCAGCAGAUUAUGAGGCUGACUGGAACGCCCCCCGCCUCGCUAAUAAAUAGGAUGCCUAGCCACGAGGCCAGGAACUACAUCAACUCCUUACCGCAGAUGGCGAAGAGGAAUUUCACCGACGUGUUCAUUGGAGCCAACCCACUUGCGGUGGAUCUGCUGGAGAAGAUGCUGGUUCUGGACACGGACAAGAGGAUAACUGCGGCCGAGGCGCUGGCCCACACGUACUUCGCCCAGUACCACUGACCCAGCCUGGCAGAGCC